AUGUAUAGCCGCAACACUCUUUACGUGGGGAACAUAUCCUCGCGUACUACUGAGCGUGAUAUCACGGAGGAGUUUGGACGAUAUGGUCGCGUCAUAAGAUGCUACAUCCCUUCGGGAAAGAACAUUUGCUUCGUGGAGUACGACGACGAGCGGGAUGCAGAGGAUGCCUAUCGCGGGACAGAGUACGGAGAUACUACCGCUCCCCCUCGCGUGGAUACAGCCGUAGACGUUACGGUCGCUCAAGGAGUCGUAGCUAUUCACGUGGUCGUUCUCGUCGGGGAAGAAGCUACCGUUCCCGGUCCCGAUCCUAUUCGCGGUCCGGCUCACGAUCAUCUAGAUCUCGCUCGAGUUCCUCUGACAGCCGAUCGGACAGUCGUGAUGGGCGUCGUAGUCGCUCGGAGUCUCCCCGGAAGCCUCGCGAUCGCUCGUCCACGUCCAAGGCUGAAGACAGAGAGCGGUCCCGUCACGAAUCAAGAUCAAGGACAUCUCGUCGAGGGGAAGGAUCUGAUGGUCGCUCAAGGAGCCGCACUUCUAUCUCGUCAUUUUGCACCUACCGACCCGUUCCUCGCCGUCAACCCGGAUAUUGUUUAUAUAGUGCUGAAAGUGUUCGAAGUCUUCCCCGAGGCAUUCGACUUGUCUGUUGACCUUUACUGCCAGCCCGUCGCUACAUCUGUGUCGGCCACCAAGCAACGCUGCUACCUUGGGUUCACCUUCUUGACCAUUCAAACCACAGGAGGGCCUAAUGGUAGUGUCUGUUGGGAGAUCACCAGUCUUGAGCUCAGGCAGCGUCAUCUUGGUGGCUGCUUUCUACAUGGUCUUCACGUUAACUGCGCGUAG